CUCCCAUUACAAGCCUUUACGCAGCCAUUUCUCUCAUCUCUCUAGACACUCCCUCCGUGUCAUGGAGCCCCAAACCAAGUACCCCUUACAAAGCAGCAGCGCGGCCAACGUUGCCGCCACCGGUGGCGGCAAAAAAACCAUCGAGGAAAUGUACCAAAAAAAGACGCAGCUGGAGCACAUCCUCCUCCGCCCCGACACCUAUGUAGGCUCCGUCGAGAAGCACACACAGACGCUGUGGGUGUACGAGAACGACGAGAUGGUGCAGCGUGCCGUCUCCUACGUCCCCGGCCUCUACAAGAUCUUCGACGAGAUCCUCGUCAAUGCCGCCGACAACAAGCAGCGUGACCCCUCCAUGGACGCCCUCAAGGUCUCCAUCGACGCCGAGGCCAACACCGUCUCCAUCUUCAACAACGGUGAUGGCGUUCCCGUGGAGAUCCACCAAGAGGAGAAGGUCUACGUCCCCGAACUCAUCUUUGGCCACCUCCUCACCAGCAGUAACUACAACGACAACGAGAAGAAGACUACCGGGGGACGCAACGGCUAUGGCGCCAAGCUCACCAACAUCUUCUCGACUGAGUUCGUCAUCGAAACUGCCGAUGGAAAGCGCCAGAAGAAGUAUAAACAGGUGUUCUCCGACAACAUGGGGAAGAAGUCUGAGCCUGUGAUAACAAAAUGCAAAGUUGGUGAGAACUGGACUAAGGUGACCUUCAAGCCUGACUUGGAAAAGUUUAAGAUGGACUAUCUUGAAGAAGAUGUCGUUGCUUUGAUGAAGAAGCGUGUGGUGGACAUGGCUGGGUGUCUUGGAAAGACUGUUAAGGUUGAACUCAACGGACAAGUGAUCCGUAUGAAAUCAUUUCGUGACUAUGCUGAUCUUUACCUCAAAUCAGUGGAGAAAUCCAGACCAGUGCCUCUUCCAAGGAUUCACGCAAAAGUAGGUGAAAGGUGGGAGAUUUGCGUGAGUCUAAGUGAUGGGCAGUUUCAACAGGUCAGCUUUGUUAAUUCCAUUGCUACAAUCAAGGGUGGGACUCAUGUUGAUUACGUCACCAAUCAGAUUACAAACUUUGUGAUGAAUAAAGUAAAUAAGAAGAAAAAGGAUGCCAAUGUCAAAGCUCACAACGUGAAGAAUCAUUUGUGGGUUUUUGUCAAUUCACUUAUUGACAACCCUGCUUUUGAUUCUCAAACUAAGGAAACUCUCACGACUAGACUGGCUAGUUUUGGUUCUAAAUGUGAUAUUCCUGAGUCGAUGCUGAAGGAAGUUGCCAAUUCUGGUAUUGUGGACACCCUCCUGUCAUGGGCAGAUUUUAAGCAAAGCAAAGAUCUGAAAAAAUCUGACGGGACAAAAACUCAGAGGCUUCGUGGGAUUGUGAAGCUAGAAGAUGCCAAUGAUGCAGGUGGAAGGAACUCAGAGAAGUGCACCUUGAUAUUAACAGAGGGUGAUUCUGCUAAGGCCCUUGCUAUGGCUGGCCUCUCUGUUGUGGGUCGAGACCAUUAUGGGGUGUUUCCAUUGAGGGGGAAAUUGCUGAAUGUACGGGAAGCCAGCAGUAAACAGAUAAUGGAUAAUGAGGAAAUUCAAAAUAUAAAGAAGAUUCUUGGACUGCAGCAAAACAAAGAGUACACAAGCGUGAAGUCUUUGAGAUAUGGUCAUUUGAUGAUUAUGGCUGAUCAGGAUCACGAUGGUUCACACAUCAAAGGGCUAUUGAUAAACUUCAUUCAUUCGUUCUGGCCAUCACUGCUAAAAGUUCCAUCUUUUAUGGUUGAAUUUACCACUCCUAUAAUAAGGGCUUUUCAUUCAAACGGGACAAAAUUAUCAUUUUAUUCCAUGCCUGAAUAUGAAUCAUGGAGAGAAAGCUUGGGGAAUAAUGCAAAUGGUUGGAAGAUAAAGUACUAUAAGGGUUUGGGUACAAGUACUCCUCAGGAAGGGAGAGAGUACUUUCAAGAUCUUGAUAAGCAUAAGAAAGACUUUGUUUGGGAUGAUGAGCAAGAUGGAGGUGCAAUUGAGAUGGCAUUCAGUAAGAAAAAAGCUGAGGAUAGGAAGAUCUGGAUUCGUAAUUUUGAGCCUGGCACUUGUCGUGAUCAUAUGGCCAAAUAUAUAAACUACAGAGAUUUUGUUAACAAAGAACUUAUAUUGUACUCCAGGGCGGAUCUUCAGAGAUCCAUUCCCUCUAUGGUCGAUGGCCUCAAGCCUGGCCAAAGGAAGAUUCUUUUCUGCUCAUUUAAGAAGAAGUUGUUCAAAGAAAUAAAAGUAGGCCAGUUUAUUGGUUACGUUUCUGAGCACUCUGCGUACCACCAUGGUGAGCAAAGUCUAGCUAGCACAAUUAUUAAUAUGGCACAGGAUUUUGUGGGUAGCAACAACAUCAAUCUUCUUAAACCAAACGGUCAAUUUGGUACUCGUAACCUGGGAGGGAAGGAUCAUGCUAGUGCUAGAUACAUCUACACUGAACUGAGCACUAUCACUCGUUGCAUAUUCCAUGAGGAUGAUGACAAGCUUCUUGAAUACUUGAAUGAGGAUGGGCGGUGUAUUGAGCCUACAUGGUACAUACCAGUCAUACCGUUGGUUCUUGUCAAUGGUAGUGAAGGAAUUGGGACAGGCUGGAGUUCUUACAUUCCCAAUUAUAAUCCAAGGGACAUCAUUGCCAAUGUUAGGCGUUUGUUGAGUGGGGAGACAAUGGUGCCAAUGGAUCCAUGGUACAAGGGAUUCAAAGGAACCAUUGAGAGAAGCCCCAAGGAAGGUGGAUACAUAGUCAAUGGCUCAGUGGAGGAAAUAAAUGAACACAAUUUCAGAAUCACUGAGCUGCCUAUUCGCAAAUGGACCCAAGAUUACAAGCAGUUCCUUGAGUCUAUAACUGAUGGGUCACCUAAUGUCAAGGAUCCAUUAAUUGAUGAUUUCAGGCAGAAUGGUGAUGAUGCAACUGUAAACAUAGAAGUCAGGAUGAAGCUUGAAAAAAUAGUGGGCAUCAUGCAAGAGGGUCUACUUAAGAAGUUUAAACUCACAUCCUCUAUUAGCACAAACAACAUGCAUCUAUUUGAUGCAGAAGGGAAAAUUAAGAAAUAUGACAAUCCAGAACAAAUUCUUGAAGAGUUUUUCCCCCUCCGGCUGGAGUAUUAUGAGAGAAGGAAGAACCAUAUAUUGAACAACCUUGAACGACUUUUGCUGAUUUUGGACAACAAAGCUAGGUUUAUAUUAGGGGUUGUGAAUGGAGAAAUUAUUGUAAGCAACAGGAAGAAAGCUGAUUUGUUGAUUGAGCUGCAGCAGAAAGGUUUCACUCCCAUGCCUAGGAAAGGUAAAUCUGCAGAACCCCAAGUUGCUGGGGCAAAUGAAGAUCAAGAAGAUGACAACACUAGAGAGCAGGAAACUGAAAGUGUUGAAGUAGCGAAAGGAGGUGACUAUGAAUAUUUGUUAUCCAUGUCAAUUGGAACUUUGACCCUCGAAGCUGUUCAGAAGCUGCUAGCAGAGAAAGCAGAAAAAGAGAAGGAGUUCAAGAUUUUGAAGGAAACACCAUCAAAGUCUCUGUGGUUGAAGGAUCUAGAUGAGCUUGAGAAGAAACUUGAUGACAUAGAUAGUAUAGAGGCCGAGGAGGAACGAAAAAGAUCAAGUCAAGCAAAUAGAAAGACCAAAGAAGCUUUUACAAAAGCAGCUAAGAAGCCACCACAACCACGGAAGUAUACUAAGAAGGCCAAAAAUGUUGAGCCAGAGAAUGAUAAUUCUUCAAUGGAAGUCGAGAAUGUUGCGGAAGUCGUUAAACCAAAAGGCAGAGCAGGUUCCAACAAUACCCAGAAGAAUACUCUGCCGGUUGCUGAGGAUGAUGAAAUUCUAUCACUUCAAGAACGGCUAGCUGCAUACAACUUCGGAGCAUCUAGUGAUAUAUCAGCGGUAUUUACUUCCACAGGCAUGGAAACUGAAGAACCUCCUGCACCUGCUGAGAAGAAAGAGGCGCCAAAAAGACGGGGUGCUGCUAAAAAGAAGUCAAGUGCCAUAGUGUUGGACGACUCAGAUAGUGAUAAUGAAAUUCAUGAUGUUGAGGACGACGAUGACAACUUUGAAAUCAUGCAGCCGGUUGCCCUAGAAGCAGGGAAAAAGAAAGGAGGGAGAAAGCCUGCUGCUCAAAAUGCCAAGAAGGCACCUGCUGCUGCUUCUACCAAAAAGAGAAACGUAGGUGGCAAGCAAUCUCAGUUAUUGGGUCAAAAACUCAUAACUGAUAUGUUGGAAAGUACAGGGAUAUCACCAGAGAAGAAAGUGAGGAAGAUGAGGGCGUCUCCAUUUAACAAGAAAAGCAGUUCUGUGUUGGGAAGGGUUGCUGCUGCUGACAAAGAUGACAGUGUAAGUGAAGACUUGUCCGGUGAUUCUGCUGGCUCUUCUCCAAGGAUCACAGAGGAGGUGGUUGAGAUUGCACCACCACCAGCAAGAGCUAGACCCCAGAGGGCUAAUCGUAGGCAAACGACAUAUGUACUGAGUGAAUCUGAAAGUGACAAUGAUUCUGAUGUUGAUGAAGAUUAUUCUGAUUUCGAGGAAGAUGAAGACUAGGAAGGAAGGUGUGCUUUGUAGAAACCUGAUCCUGCGUCUUGUAUGCAGUCUUAGUCUUGUGGAUUUUAAUUUCCAAAUGAUACUUGUGAACGUGAUGAGUGAGUUGCACUAAUCUGUAUGAUUUCGGAUAUGUUUUCAUGAUGGAAUGAAAUGAAAUAGAUUUAUCAUUAUGUACAAAUUAAGAUUUGUUAAAGGACCCGAGUUAAAAAGUUGUUACUGAGG